AACAAAAAGGAGCAGCUGAAGGUUAUGCAUUUUAUAAUUCAGACAAACUUCUUUGUCAUUCUCAUGGUUAAAAAUAACAAUAGAUGUAGAUGGUUCGUAGAGUAAGCAAUUUGUUUCAUUAAAUUAAUUCAAUAAAAUGUAAAUCUUAUUACCCUGUUGUAAUUAUUCAUGGUGUUCUUACUGGAAGUGACAGUAUGGAGCAAAUAAGUAGUCGCAUUCAAGAGGUACAUCCAGGUACGCAAAUAUUUAAUACACCUCGUUAUGCUGGAUGGAGCAGUUUAGAACCAAUGUGGCAUCAAGUGGAAGAAAUCGGAGAAGAUUUAAUGGCUAUUUCAGCAGCUUUUCCCGAAGGAAUUAAUUUAUUAGGAUAUAGUCAAGGUGGAUUAUUGGCUAGAGCUAUUCUUCAAAGAUUUCCGCAGCAUAACGUCAGAACUUUUAUAUCCUUAAGUUCACCUCAAGCUGGGCAGUAUGGAACAAAAUUUUUACACUUAUUUUUCCCGGAUUUAGUUUGUGAAACCGCGUACGAAUUGUUUUAUUCAAAAGUCGGUCAACAUACAAGUGUCGGAAAUUAUUGGAAUGAUCCUUAUCAUCAAGAAUUAUACUUCAAAUACAGCAAGUUCUUACCACUUGUUAACAAUGAAGAGCAAUCUGUCAAUACAACGGAUUAUAAAUUAGGGCUGACAAAAUUAAAAAAAUUGGUUCUAAUUGGUGGUCCGGAUGACGGUGUAAUUACACCUUGGCAGAGUAGUCAAUUCGGAUUUUAUCAAUUCAAUGAGACUGUGGUCGAAAUGAGAGAUCGUGAAAUAUAUCAAACCGAUGCAAUCGGAUUGAAGACUUUGGACAAAGCAAAAAAACUAACCACCCAUACGGUUCCUGGAAUUCCACAUGAUCAGUGGCAUAAAAAUAUGACAUUAGUAGAUUUAUACAUUUUACCUUACCUUGAUUGAUUGUUUAGUAAAUAAUUAAUAAGUUAUAAUUAAUUUUAAAAGCUUUAUGCAUUAAAUUAACAACACUAUGUUAUUAAUAAAAUAAAAUUUUAUUAUUGCAUAAAGUUAUUAAUUAAAUAGGUCAAUUUAAUCAUCAUUUAGCAAAUUUUUGUAAAGUUGAAUUUUAACUUAAUGAAGACUGAAGUAUGUUUUACAACAAAUUACUCAUGCAUAUCUUUAAAAUAUCUAAAUAAUUGUACUAUUGUUGAAAAGGUCAAUUAUUUAUAAAAUAAUCAAGAUCUUAUUUUUAAA